CUGGCCUCUGGUUGGUGAGCAUCAGUUCCGCCCCUGGUCGCCAUGUAUCGCUCAGCACGAAACCUGCAGCGCUUCAGCGCGAGACUGUCGAACCUCCGGGCCGUGCAGAGAUCCGUCACCGUCCGGAACAUCAGCCCGGCGUCAGGCGUUCUGCUCCACCAGCUCAGAAUGGCGAGUUCAGAGUCAUACAGGAUUGAGAGAGACACAUUCGGAGAGCUCAAAGUUCCUUCUGAUAAAUAUUAUGGAGCUCAAACUGUCAGAUCAACCAUGAACUUCAAGAUCGGAGGAGCAACAGAGAGAAUGCCAAUUCAGGUGAUUAAAGCCUUUGGGAUUCUGAAGAAAGCCGCAGCAGAAGUGAAUAAAGAUUACGGUUUGGACCCAAAGAUUGCAGAUGCCAUCAUGACAGCUGCUGAUGAGGUGGCUGCUGGGAAGCUGGAUGAUCAUUUCCCACUGGUGGUUUGGCAGACAGGAUCUGGAACUCAGACCAACAUGAACGUCAAUGAGGUGAUCAGCAACAGAGCCAUUGAGAUACUCGGAGGAAAACUGGGCAGCAAAGACCCCGUUCACCCGAAUGAUCAUGUCAACAAGAGCCAGAGCUCCAAUGAUACGUUUCCCACUGCCAUGCACAUCGCCGCAGCUAAAGAAGUUCAUGAGGUUCUUCUGCCGGGUCUUCAGAAGCUGCACGACGCGCUCGCUGCCAAAGCCCAAGAGUUUAAAGACAUCAUUAAGAUCGGUCGCACACACACUCAGGACGCUGUGCCGCUCUCUCUGGGACAGGAGUUUGGAGGUUAUGUGCAGCAGGUGAAGUACAGUAUCGUGCGGGUAAAGGCUGCUAUGCCUCACGUGUAUGAGCUGGCAGCGGGCGGCACUGCGGUGGGCACCGGACUCAACACACGCAUUGGGUUUGCUGAGAAAGUGGCAGAUAAGGUUUCCGCACUGACAGGUCUGCCGUUCGUGACUGCGGCCAAUAAGUUUGAGGCUCUGGCGGCUCAUGAUGCUCUGGUGGAGCUGAGCGGCUCGCUCAACACCGUCGCUGUGAGUAUGAUGAAGAUCACCAACGACAUCCGCUUCCUGGGCUCUGGACCUCGCUCGGGUCUCGGCGAGCUGAUCCUGCCUGAGAACGAACCCGGAUCCAGUAUAAUGCCGGGUAAAGUGAACCCCACUCAGUGUGAGGCUAUGACUAUGGUGGCUGCCCAGGUGAUGGGAAAUCAUGUGGCCGUUACUGUCGGAGGAAGCAAUGGACACUUUGAACUCAACGUGUUCAAACCAAUGAUAAUUAAAAAUGUGCUGAACUCUGCCAGACUGUUGGGCGACGCCUGUGUUUCAUUCACUAAUAACUGUGUCCUGGGAAUCGAAGCCAAUACAGAAAGAAUCAACAAACUCAUGAAUGAAUCACUGAUGCUGGUCACCGCUCUCAACCCGCAUAUAGGUUAUGAUAAAGCUGCCACCAUAGCAAAGACGGCACAUAAAGAGGGUUCAACGCUAAAGGCUACAGCUAUUAAACUGGGUUUUCUGACCGAGGAACAGUUUGACCAGUGGGUUCGACCUCAGGAUAUGCUGGGACCUAAAUAAACUCUGACCACACGACAACAGAGCGCUCGAGGUUACAGUCAUUCUGUCUUUGGACAAUAAAACACAGAUUCUUUCCUCGUG